AUGUCCAAUGAAGACAUAGAGAAGUUCACAGAGGUUGGCGGCCUGUCGAUCUCCCUCAUCCUCUGGGCCGUCCUCAACUCCGUCAUCGUCAUGAUGGGGGCCAUCCUCGUUGCAUUUUUCGAGCCCAUAGCAGCAGGAAGUGGGAUCCCUCAGAUAAAAUGUUACCUCAAUGGAGUCAAGAUUCCUAGGGUGGUACGACUCAAGACCCUGGUGGUGAAAGUGUUCGGUGUUAUCUGUUCAGUGGUUGGCGGUCUUGCUGUCGGAAAGGAAGGACCCAUGAUUCACUCUGGUGCUGUUGUAGCUGCAGGAGUCUCACAGGGCAGGAGCACCUCUUUAAAGAGAGACUUCAAGAUCUUUGAAUACUUCCGGAGAGAUACUGAGAAAAGAGACUUUGUUUCUGCUGGAGCUGCUGCCGGUGUUUCAGCUGCUUUUGGAGCUCCAGUCGGCAGUUUAGCUGCUAUAAAGACAACAGACCGAGCCGUGUGGCUGCAUGCCCAGACUAAUGACAGACACACCUGUAAGGGAACUUGUGUUGGACAGGACUAG